CGCGUUACGCCGUGCAAAGUAUAAAUACGCUUUAGUCUGGUGGCAGUUGUCAGCCUUCGUGUACGGCACCGUUGGAGGAACAGCUACAUCAACCAGGCACGAGAAGGUCACACAAUGGCAGCGCCAAAGAAAGUCUGCAUUAUCGGCUCUGGGAACUGGGGCUCUGCCAUCGCCAAGAUCGUGGGCUCGAACACGGCGACGAACCCCAAGUUUGAGAAGACCGUCAGCAUGUGGGUGUUUGAGGAGAUGGUGGACGGACGCAAGCUGACCGAGAUCAUCAACACCGACCACGUGAACGUGAAGUACCUGCCUGGACACCCGCUGCCCCCCAACGUGCUGGCCGUUCCGGAGCUCCUAGACGCUGUGAAAGGGGCGGACGUGCUGGUGUUUGUCAUCCCGCACCAGUUUGUGGGGAAGGUGUGCGACACCAUCAAGGGCCACAUCAAGAGCGACGCUGUGGGCAUGUCUCUCAUCAAGGGAGUGGACGAGGGCCCAGAAGGCCUGAAGCUAAUCUCUGACGUCAUCAGAGAGAAACUGGGCAUCGUCAUGACUGUGCUGAUGGGAGCCAAUCUGGCCAAUGAGGUGGCAGAGGAAAAGUUCUGCGAAACCACCAUUGGCUGUAAGAGCGCGGAGCACGGUCCGAUGCUGAAGGAACUGAUGCAGACCAAAAACUUCCGCGUGUCGGUGGUGGCCGAGGCCGACGUGGUGGAGAUCUGCGGGGCUCUGAAGAACAUCGUGGCGGUGGGGGCGGGGUUCUGCGACGGGCUGGGGUUCGGCGAUAACACCAAGGCGGCGGUGAUCCGGCUGGGCCUGAUGGAGAUGAUCGCCUUCGCCCGGGUCUUCUGCACCGCCGGCCCCGUCUCCCCGACAACCUUCCUGGAGAGCUGCGGCGUCGCUGACCUCAUCACCACCUGCUACGGCGGCCGCAACCGCAAGAUCGCCGAGGCCUUCGCCAAAACCGGCAAGACCAUCGAGGAACUGGAAAAGGAGAUGCUUAAUGGGCAGAAACUUCAAGGUCCAGCAACCGCAGCGGAAGUCAACCACAUCCUUCAGCGCAAAAAGAUGGUGGACAAGUUCCCUCUCUUCAACGCUGUGUUCCAGAUCUGCUUCCAGGGCCACCCAGUCAGAGAGUUUGUCACUUGUCUCCAGAACCAUCCAGAACACAUGUAACCUGCCGCGCGAUUCGGUGGGUGGGUGGUGGGGAGCUGCGCUGUACGGAGAGACGCUCAAAUCAUACUUGUUCACCUGCCUUCUGUCACAGAAGGACCUGAGAGAAUAUUCCAGCAUUCUUCCACUGCUGCCCUGCCGUCCAAUGCCAGUCGAUCUCCUGACGGUCCCUUUAGAAACAGAACGAGCCGUUCACACGGGGGUCUCCAACUGAAUUCCCAGGGGGCCGCGGUGUCUGCGGGUAUUUGUGCUUUCCUUUCGAUCAGCUUCUAAAUAAGGCCUUGAGAACAAGGGUCUUUGGCCAAUCAAUGACUUAAAUUAACCACUGGUGUGGAGAACACCCUUCGAACCAGCAGACACUGCGGCCCUCCAGGACAGGAGUUUGACACCUGUGUGUUAGAGGUACCUAGGACUCGUUUUUGUGCCGGCUCUGUUACCAUGACCUUUAACCUGACCUGGGGUGUUUCUCUCUGCUCUUCAAUAUCACCGUCCCUUUUCUCACCUGAGCUGAGACUGGCAGAGAACGAAUGCUUCACUUAAAGUGCCAUUAAUAUAAUAUAUUUUAAUAUAAUGUUAUCACUAUAACAUUAUAUUAUAAUAUUACGAUACGAUAAUUAUAGGGCUAUCUGGACAGUAUGUAUGAAAUGUUGAAAGUGAGCUGCCACGGGAAUGCUUUUUGCUGUAUUUUUUCUGUGCAACAGAUAAAACGCCUAAAGUGUGUGUUUUUUUUUUAUCAUGUUCAAAUUUACAGAUUCAAUACAAAGCAAUCCUAUGACAUUAGCUGUAUAUUGUGAAGCUGUUCUCUCUGAAUGGAUCCCUAUCCUUGGGCUUGACCAGUUUUAAGUGCCUUAAAGUGUUUUUAACGCCUCAACCGGAUUAAAGUUCCACUUCAAGAUGAUGCAUUUCAGGCUGAAAAGGCAUCUCACUGCCCAUGCUCUUCGUUGCCAUGGUUACUGCCCCUGCUGGCUAUUGGUCUUCAGGUUUGGCCUGCGUAUGAAUGUGGAGAAUGUAUGUAAAAUGUGUUUCAGAAAGUAAAUGUAUUUAUUUAAGCACAAA